ACUGUGCCAAGCACUUCUGACCGUCUCGAGUUCCGCCUCACCUCACCUCCCCGAUCCCUCUUUCUCCUUGGGUAGAGCCAGGGCGCGACCGCGCGAAGGAAGCAACGAAAGCCCAAAGCUGGCGCAUCCUUAGCACCCAAGGGAAGAAGAAAGAGGCGACAGAGCGAGGCGUCCCGGAGGCAGAGCCAAGGAUCCAUGGAUCGGCCCCAGGUGGUCAGCGAGAACUAUGCCAAUCCUAUAACAUGCCUCUUCCAUGUGCUCUUCAAGGCGUCGGCGCUGGCGUUCUACAUCCUCUUCUCGCUCUUCGUGAAGAGCUUCGUCAUCAUCUUUGUCAUCACCGUGCUCCUUGCCGCGCUUGACUUCUGGGUGGUGAAGAAUGUCAGCGGAAGGAUACUGGUCGGGCUUCGUUGGUGGAAUGAGAUUGACGACGAUGGUAACAGUGUGUGGAAGUUCGAGUGCCUCGACGGGGAGUCUCUCGCUCGGAUGAACAAAAAAGACUCAUGGCUGUUCUGGUGGACUCUUUACUUGAACGCUGCUGCAUGGAUCAUUCUUGCGAUAUUUUCACUCAUUAGACUUGAAGCUGAUUACCUUCUUGUUGUUGGAGUUUGCUUGACUCUAAGCCUUGCAAACAUCGUGGGGUUCACCAAAUGCAACAAAGAUGCCAAGAAGAACAUCCGAGCUUUUGCUGAAAAUGCCGCUCAAAACGCCAUCACAUCCCGCAUCACAUCAUCCCUGCAGUCAGCAUUCGGCAUCUGAAGUCCAGAUUACACAGAGGCCCAAAAUUACAUACAACUGUGUUACCUUCUGUCAAAGAUCAGCUUGUGAUAUCCUGUUUUCAUGUGAUUUUGGCUUAUAUACAAGUAGGUCGAUUUUGAUUGGAGUGACAAUGAUGGAAAACAGCGUACUAAUUAGCCCUAGGUAAGUUUACACUUUCUCCUGUACUAAAGAGCAUACUUUCUUCUUCUCUUGUACUCUGGUGUGGCCUAGAGGUCUGAAGCAUGUCUUUCAAUACAAAAGGCCUUUUUUUU